ACGUUUAUUGGGAUAUUUACAGCAAAUCUACUUGCAUUAAAGUGCAUCUGAAGUGGUUUAGAUCUAUAGUAUAGCAAAAUGUCUAUUUUGACAGUAAUCAUUGUUGUUGCUGUUUUUACGGCAGCACAUAGCAUACCUACUGCACUGGAUCAGGCUGAUGAGGCCAAGAGAAGAGCAGCUGGGGUCGCGAAUGAGCUCUACGGAACACUGAGGAAUAUAGCUUUCCCUGCUGGCAAUGUUCCAGCCACAGAGAUUGAAAACAGAUUUUUGAUGCUGAUGCCUGGCAAGGUACUGAACUACUUUGACUACUUUCCUGGAAAGGAGUACACCAAGUUCAUACAGGAUUACAACACUAGGCGCAAAGAAUCAGUAGUUCCUCCUCAUGUAAUGGAAAAAUGGUUUGACCUUGCUGAUACUAUUCCUAGUUCUAACUAUUUGGUUAGUCAAGACACAGGGAAAAGUCUGGCAAAUGUCUACAAGUCUAUACUGCACGAAAUUAAGAUCACUGGUCUUGAAGAAAGGACCCAAAAUGAGCAACAUUACUAUAAUCAAGGUGUUGAUUUCCUUACUAAAAAAGUUGCAGACCCUGAAAACCUACUGAAUAACAUCACGAUGUUGGCUCUCUAUGAACGAUAUCGUGACCAGUAUAAUGACCGCAAGCUUGAUAUGGAAGACAAGAUAGAAGACAAAAGACUGAAUUUUGGAUCACUUGACUAUGAGCUAUGGUUCCAGCGUCACUAUCCUUCCCUGCAGUCAAGAGUAGAAAGUGCAUACACCAAGUGGAUGGUUUUUGGGCAGAAAGAAAGGGUCGAGCUGAACAUUGCAUACAUGGACACAGGGUCGUCUGGUCAGACUAUCGAGGAAGCACGAGCAGCAAUGAGGGCCGCUGGUGUCCAAUCCCUGGACAGAACAAGAAGUAUUUAUCCUGUUAGCUUUGAGCCUUCUGACUGGUACAAGUACCUACUGCCAAAGCAACAACGCCCCAGCAGAGAUCAGCUUCAGGUUAUGCUUGGCAAACUUCAAAGUAGACUGGAUGCUACAGAGACAACAAUAACUUUUGUACAAGAAAUUAAAACAGGUUCUGAUGUACAUCGAUAUGUGAAUGACUUGAAGGAUCGAUUCGAUUUUUUAAAACAGCAAGCCAGUGCUAAUGUGACAAGUCACCUCAACAUGAUGUACACUUGCAUGAUCGACAAUACAGGAACAGGACCUGAAUGUAAAAAAUUUCAGAAAAAUGCUAAGCCUACCAUAAAUUCCUUGGUAGCUCAAUCAGACGAAUAUGCAAGCUCCGAGUUCCUCAGAUAUUUGACUGAACCAAAUGGAAAUUACAUUGAAUCGCUUAAGAACGAGGCAAAUCGUCUUAAAGAUGAAAUGUCUCGUAUCUAUUCUCUUUUAGGCGAGGCUAGUCCGUACCUUGGUGGUCUAAUUGAUGCAUCAUCACUAGCUAUUGCUAAUCUCACCAAUGAAUACAAAGACGACCAAUGGUUGCAGUUUGAGUACGAAUCGUCAGACUCUUCUAGCAAAACAGAUGAUACCCAUACGACUUCCAGCUCAUCAACAGGUGGUGGUGCUCACUUCUUUUUCUUUGGUGGGGGUGGAAGCUCAUCUUCCAGUUCUGAUGAACGCACACAUGAAAACAAACUAGCAAUGGCAAAUAUUUCAGUCAAAGGAGAGCUUCUUCGUGUCAACAUAAAGAGACCAUGGUUCAAGCCCGAGAUAUUUGAUGAUCCUGGAUUAACCUAUAUUGAGAGUGAUGAGGAUGACAGAAGAACAUAUGUUUCACCUGGAAGGGGAUAUAACAACGAAGACGCCUACUACAAUGCAUUACUGAGCGGUGAACGACGUUAUAAGCUUCCAGAAUAUACCACGUCCUUUCUUCUUGCUCGGAGUAUAGAAAUGGAGUUCAGUGGUCUAGAUUCCUCUACAAGCAACUACUACUUGUCCACGGUUACCAAGUCUAGCGGCAGUGGCGGGUUCCUAUUCUUUCGUGUGCACCACUCUGAAACUAAAACGAAACAAGUAUCUCAUGUUGCGGCUUCUAAAACAGCUUCAGGCAUGAGGAUCAAGAUUCCUGGUGCUCAGAUUAUUGGUUACUACACUGAAACUCUCCCACUGUUCCCUCAAGAUCAAAGUUAAAUAUAUGCACAUGUGUGCAACUGCAACGAACUGCAAUAAAUACAGUAGAGAGUAACUGUGAACAUUAUAGAAGUAUACAUUAUUAAUAGUCUGUCUGUAUUAUAAUUAUAUCAUGUACGGAGUGUCCACAAACUUAUUUAUUAGUCUGAGCUAUAUACAGUAUCAGUUUGUUUAUGCAGCUAUAAUAAUGGAGCUAAUAUUUCUGUUAUUGAA